AUGAGGAGGAGGAGGAGGAGGAAGAAGAGGAAGAAGAAGAAGUACCUGCGCCACGCCAAGCCCCCCUACACCUACCUGGCCAUGAUCGCCCUCGUCAUCCAGGCCUCCCCCGAGCAGAAACUCAAGCUCUCCCAGAUCAUCAAGGAGAUCAGUGCCUGCUUCCCCUUCUUCAAGGACGGCUACCAGGGCUGGAAGGACUCCAUCCGCCACAACCUUUCCUCCAACGACUGUUUCCGCAAAGUGCUGAAGGACCCCUCCAAGCCACAAGCCAAGGGGAACUUCUGGACGGUAGACAUCCAACGCAUCCCCCCGGAAGCCCUCCGCCUGCAGAACACCCCCAUCUCCCGCCAGGAGGACCGGGUCUUCCCUGCAGACCUCUCCCCGUAUGUGUUCAAUGGGAUUCCCUUUAGCAUCCACCCCUCCCAGGCUCCUUUGCACAACCUGGCAGCCACCCAGGAAAACCCCUUUGACAUGGAGAACUUGCUCAGCGAUGUCCGGGAGGUGGGCCGGGCCACGUGGGAGCCAGUGCCCAUCUUCCAGGCCAACACCAGUGGGCCCCUUCCACCUUGGAAGGGCCCCUCAGCCUUCUCAAACUUGGGGCCAGCCGGGAGAGCGAGGCCAAAGCGGGGCUUCCCAAAGCAAACCCGGGACCCUGCGAGCAGUAGCUCUGAUUCUGAUUCUUCCGAGACCGGCGCGGACCCAGUUCCCUCCACCCUGCAUUUGGAGCAGCUCCCUACAUCUUACACCAAGUCUGUGGCCCCCAAUGUGGUGGCCCCGCCGAGCCAUGGCAUGCCCUUUUUGGCCUUUGCGGGGGCCUCCGGUGCCAGUUUCUACACCCCGAUGCCCACCUUCGCCAGUCCAGUGUAUUGGGAUCUGAUGCCAAGGCCAGCCUUGAGUCCGGUCCUCUCUUCCACGUCGCUCCUAGAUCUGGAUCAAGCCAUGCCCCCCAACAAGUCCAUUUUUGAUGUCUGGGUGACCAACCCAUCGGACACUAUACCCCCUGUGGUCAGUGCUUUUGGGGUCCUGGGACAUUAUGACCCCUCCGGAUAG